AUGAAUCUGGCCCUGAGGACUCCAAACAGUGACAUCAUUGUCAUACUGGAUGCAAAACAUGGUUCUGAUGGAGACGUGGCAGUCACCUCCUGCAAAACCGCAGAUCCUAAAGAGAGAAUUUUAAAGGCAGCAAGAGUAAAACAGUUACCUACAGGGCCUUUGGACUUUGAGGCAUACAGUGCAGCUGCCCUGCAGGAAGCGAUGAAACGUUUGCGGGGAGCCAAGGCCUUUCGCCUUCCAGGACUGAGCCGGAGGGAGCGCGAGCCACCUACAGCUGUAGACCCCGUGGAACCUGACGUGGCGCCAUGUUCGGAGGUGGAUGAAGAAGGCUUCACUGUCCGGCCUGACGUGACCCAGAACAGCACAGCUGAGCCCUCCCUGUUCUCGUCCAGCGACUCGGACUUUGAUGAUGAGGAGCCACGCAAGUUCUACGUGCACAUCAAGCCCGCCGCAGCCCGGGCCCCAGCCUGCAGCCCCGAGGCAGCUGCCGCACAGCUCAGGGCCACGGCGGGCAGCCUCAUCCUCCCUCCGGGCCCAGGGGGUGAGGGCACCAUGAAGCGCCAUUCUUCCCGGGAUGCUGCUGGGAAACCACAGAGGCCUCGGUCUGCCCCAAGAGCCAGCAGCUGCACGGAGAAGCUGCAAUCAGAUGAGCAGUUUUCUAAGAACCUCUUUGGGCCACCCCUAGAGUCAGCCUUUGACCACGAAGAUUUUACAGGCUCCAGCAGUCUGGGCUUUACCUCCAGCCCCUCGCCUUUCUCCUCCUCAUCUCCAGAGAACGUGGAGGACUCUGGCCUGGACUCCCCGUCUCACACAGCACCAGGCCCCUUCCCGGAAUCCUGGGUCCCCCGCCCGGGCACCCCACAGAGCCCACCUAGCUGUAGGGCACAGCCACCUGAGUUGAGGGGAACACGGCCCCUGCUGUCCUCGGAUUCGCCACAGCCCCUGGCAUCGUCCCCAGGCCCCUGGGGGCUGGAGGCCGUGGCUGGAGGAGAGCCAAGGCCCGUACCUGCCGACCCCACGGCCAUGGAGGGCCUGGCAGCCCCACCCCGGAGGCCCCGCUCCAGGAAGGUGUCCUGCCCCCUCUUGGGCAGCAACGGGGAUCUGUCUCAUUCUCCGAGUCCCUCCCCACUCGGCUCUCAGUCCCCCUGCACUGGCCCAGAACGUUCCAACUUCUCAUCGCAGACAGGUCACGGGAUCUCCCGGGGCCCAAGCCCUGUGGUCCUGGGCUCCCAGGAUGCCCUGCCCGUGGCCACCGUCUUCACCGAGUACGUCCACGCCUACUUCCGUGGCCACAGCCCCAGCUGCCUGGCUCGAGUAACUGGGGAGCUGACCAUGACCUUCCCAGCUGGCAUCGUGCGUGUGUUCAGCGGGACCCCGCCCCCGCCCGUCCUCAGCUUCCGUCUGGUGCACACAGCCCCCAUCGAGCACUUCCAGCCCAGCGCCGAUCUCCUCUUCAGGUACUUGACCCCCUCUCAGAGCGACCCUGAGACCAAAGACUUCUGGCUCAACAUGACAGCCCUGACUGAAGCGCUGCAGCGCCAGGCAGAGCAGAAUCCAGCUGCCUCCUACUACAACGUAGUGCUGCUGCGGUACCAGUUCUCCCGCCCGGGGCCCCAGUGUGUGCCUCUGCAGCUGAGCGCCCACUGGCAGUGCGAGGCGACCCUCACUCAGGUCUCGGUGGAAUACAGCUACCGGCCGGGUGCCACGGCAGUGCCUACGCCGCUCACCAAUGUCCAGGUCCUGUUGCCUGUGGGGGAGCCUGUGACCAAUGUCCACCUGCAGCCAGCCGCUGUCUGGAACCUGGAUGAGAAGCGGUUCCUAUGGAAGCUUCCAGAUGUGUCUGAGGCAGGGGGCUCCGGCCGCCUGUCUGCCAGCUGGGAGCCGCACUCAGGGCCCAGCACUCCCAGCCCCGUGGCUGCUCAGUUCACCAGCGAAGGGGCCACUUUGUCCAGCGUGGACCUGGAGCUGGUGGGCAGUGGCUACCGCAUGUCACUAGUAAAAAGAAGGUUUGCCACAGGAAUGUACCUGGUGAGCUGCUGAGCCCGGGAGGCUGACCAGCCCACUGGC